CUAAAUCAUUAGCUAUAUCUUCAAAUGAAAGCAAUUUACUUGUUUCAAAAAAAUCUUUAAAUGGUUUUAAAAACAACAAAUCAUAUAUUCAAUCUAAAUCAGAAUUAUUAAACAAAAACAACUUACCUUUACAAGACAAAAGAUUUUGGUCUACUUUGUAUUCUCAAAAUAUGAGAUUUCGGUCAGCAUCACCUAAUGAUAAUAUAAAUGAAAGCGAUUAUGAUGCUAAUAAUGAUCCAAUUGAAAUUGAUGAUACUCCAAUUGAAG